AUGUCAAAUCUUACAAAACUCGAAUUUGUGGCUCUGGAUGUCACUGGAAAUAACUAUUUAUCAUGGGUACUAGAUGCUGAAAUUCACUUAGAUGCAAAGGGUCUUGGUGAGACUAUUAAGGAGGGAAAUGAAGAAAGUACACAAGAUAAGGCCAAGGCCAUGAUUUUCCUUCGCCAUCACCUCUAUGAAGGUCUAAAGACCGAAUAUUUGACUGUUAAUGACCCUCAAAUUCUUUGGGCCAAUCUAAAGGAAAGAUAUGACCACCAGAAAACUACACAAUAUCGUGAAAAAGGCUUUCAGAAAUACUCUGAAUUAAUUUCUUGUCUCCUAGUGGCGGAGCAAAACAACGAGCUGCUAAUGAAAAACCAUGAAUUACGCCCAACUGGCUCUGCUCCAUUCCCUGAAGCGAAUGUGAGUUUACACAAUGGACAAGAAUUAAAAGAAACACAUCAUGCAAAUAGUAGUGUGCGUGGCCGUGGUCGUGGCCGAGGGCGUGGCCGCGGACAUAGAUAUGGAUAUGGUCGAGGUGGUCGUUUUAAAAAUUCACAUUCCUACCAGAAGUGGGAUCGGAAAAAUGGAAAGAAAGUAGAAACCAAUCUUGUGUAUAAAGAUGGCGAAGGUGAUUUUGAUGAUGGCAAUGCAACCCACUUAGAAGUGGCUGAUUUUCUUUCUGCCCCUGAAGGAAAUUAUUAA